GUUUACGGAUAUUUGCCUUCAAGUUAUCCGGAGGGGCGCGUUGGUGAAAUGGGCCCGGGCCACAGCAAUGUUAUCUACCUACCUAAUUACGCGGCACCCCGCCAACAGACAGUUUAACGUUAUCUUUCUGCCGGGCGGACAGGAUUUUCAGUCGCAGCAUGCGAUCUUAUCGCCAAGGGCAGCAUUUCAAGCUCGCAACACGAAUUUCCAAGACCGAAUCACCAGCGCACCGAGGCGUCCUUUUGAACCAGCAGCAGCAUCAAUUGAUAUAGACGAAACACAACCACCAGAAUGGCGUCCAAACAGAGCAUGCCUUUCAUAAAAAACCUCGCCUCGAGCGACCGUAAAAUCCGCACCUCGGCGCUCUCAUCCCUGCAUUCCUUCCUCUCCGCCCGACAGGUCGCGUCUUCGCUGACGCCGCUCGACGUGCUCAAGCUAUGGAAGGGCCUCUUCUACGCGCUGUGGAUGUGCGACCGGGCGAUCCCGCAACAGAAUCUCUGCAACGAGCUGGCCGAUCUCGUCUAUAUCCUGCCCCGCGAGGCCGUCGUGCCCUGGCUGCGCGGCUUCUGGGCUACGAUGUCGCGUGAGUGGACGGGGAUUGAUGUGCUGCGCAUGGAGAAGUUCCUGUUGCUCGUAAGGAGGGUGGUUGGGGCUGCGUUCAAGUGGAUGAGGAACGGUAGUGGCAGUGAAGGGAGUGGGAAGAAAGAGACUGGAGGUUCUCAUUGGGACGCGGGCAAAGUGGAAGACCUGCUGGGGCUCUUGGGCGAAUGGCCGUUUGCGCUCGAAGAGGAGGUGCUGAUAGAGCAGGUCACAGGGGAGGACGGUCAAAUAUCUCAGAAGAUCCCAGUUGGGUUGAGGUUGCACGUCUUGGAUAUCUGGGUUGAUGAGGCGGAGAAGGCGGGCUUGCUUGAUGAUGAGGACGAGGAUGCAAGGCAAAUCAUCCAGAGGAUCUCGGAACAAAUAGAUGCCCUCGAGCAGGCGACAACAAGCCCAGCUGUACGGGCCAGGUCAAAGGAGUCGCUUGCUGAUGACCGUCUACCGGGGAACAGGAAACAAGGCGACGAGGCUCAGGGAGAUGAAGGUAUGAAGGACACACAGGGAGAUGGUGGAAAUUGGGACGGGUUUGAUGAUUAG